ACACAUUCCUUGAUUCCUUCCCGUCCAUAAGCUGAAACGCCUGUCUUCUCCUCUAAACUCUGAUAUAAGAUCCCCCUGGCUUCGUCGGAGCAAAGAGGGCAGCGACAAUGUCUGCUCCACACCUCAAUGCUGAACUGCAGCAUUAUCAGAGCCGUCCUCUCUUGUCCAACAGAGCUGAUGACAACUACAACAUGAGCCCCAUGCAAAAAGCGAUAGGCCAGACAUACCAGAGCACUGGCCACCUUGCGAAACUCCUUCCUUCAGGCACGGUUCUUUCCUUCCAGCUCCUAGCCCCCACCCUUGCAAAACAAGGCCACUGUGGUGACAUGAAUCGGAUUAUGACAGGAGGGCUCGUGGUGCUCUGUGCCCUCUCCUGCUUUGUUCUCAGCUUCACGGAUAGCUUCAGAGAUAUGGAAGGGAAGGUACGAUAUGGGUUCGCCACAUUCAAGGGACUGUGGGUCAUUGACGGCGGGGCUCCUCUUGAGCCCCUUGCAGCAGCGGAAUACAGGAUGCGGUUUUUAGAUUUUAUACAUGCCAUUGUUUCAGCGAUGAUUUUUGUUGCAAUCACACUGUUUGACCAAAAUGUGGUUUCUUGCUUCAAUCCAGUACCAUCCGAGGAUACAAAGCAACUUCUCACAGCAUUGCCGGUUGUCAUUGGAGUUAUUGGGAGCAUGCUGUUUGUUAGCUUCCCGACCACCCGUCACAGCAUUGGCUCCACACUCUCUAGUUCAGUAGUUCCUGUUGAAAUCAAUCAGUUGUAAGCCCUACAUAGGAGAGUAGAUACAUAAAAUUGCAACACCUUUCCUUUUGAGCAAUAAUACUUUAGGAAGUGGAGAUUCAAUUAAGAAGUGGUGAAAUUGAUGAUGAUAUUCGACAGAUUGAAUUUGCAUAUGCAAUCUAUGCCGGGUAUAUAUUAUCCUUUUUGUAGUAUCAACUGUAAACAAAGACCACAGUACAAACGCAUGAAACCAUUCAGUCGACCAGCUAAACUGGCAAACUAAAAAUAG